UGCUCUCCUCUAUUGGCGUUGGAUGAUGAAAGAUAAGAAGGACAGCAUACCCAGAUGAUUUGUUUUUACUGCCAUACCUCAUCCAUACCAAAGUGAGCGCAUCAAUAUAACAUCCAUCUCCAUUCAUCCAGUCAGGUGCAAAUCGAUACCAACAAAAAGGGGCAUUCAACAUUGAGUCAAAAUACCAUGGAGUGGACCAAAGACCAAUAUAACAGACAGUACGAGGCGUGGGUUCCUUGGCUCGAGGAUCUCUACCUCCGAUACUUCACCAGCGACAACAAAGCCAGCUACACAGCCAGGGAAAACCUCGACCGGACCAAGAUAACCGGCAACGAGCAGAUCGACACGCUCCAAGACGGCAUCAACAACUUCGCGGCCGGCCAGCUCGGGCAGGGCGGCCUGGCCCAGCCCGUCGGCGACAUGGCGUCGUCCGAGGGCGCCAACAGGGCCGAGCGCGGGGGCCGCGACGACAGGGGCGGCUACGUCC